CGAGUAACAGGAAGAUCAUCAAUGUCCAAAGGAAGUCAGUCUUUUAUACAUACAGCAAAUAAGAUAUUAUUAUUUAGUGUAGAUUGCCUAACCUGUCAGCAAUGUUUAGACCUUGCAACAGCUGAUUGAAGCUCAAUGGGGUCUGGAGCGAGUCAGAAAGAAGAUUCAGACAUGGCCCCGUCCUCACAGACCCCAACGGAGUCCUCAGAUUCACCGGACUGGUCCUCAAGCCCACCUUCCAUCAUCAUCACAGCUCCAUCCCGAGAAGAUAUUUACACCACAGCGUCCAGCUUAUCCAUCGCUGACGCCGCCAAAGAUCGGAGGCCCCCGUCAGCACCGACUGUUGUUGGCAAAAAAUGGAUCAAGCAAAAAUGAUGCCCUGUCGGCGGAGAAUGGACGCCGCAGGAGAGGAAGAACCGGAGCCAAUAAAGCUCAAAUCUCUGAAGAACAAAGUAUUUACAGUGCCUAACAAUGAUAGGUUUGGGAGCUGCCGAAGUGUCCGAGAGUUUGAAAAGCUCAACCGUAUCGGGGAAGGAACCUACGGCAUUGUGUACCGUGCUCGGGACACCAAGUCUGAUGAAAUUGUAGCUCUGAAGAAAGUUCGGAUGGAUAAAGAGAAAGACGGCAUCCCCAUCAGCAGCCUGAGAGAAAUCACCCUGUUGCUACGGCUCAGACAUCCCAACAUCGUGGAGCUGAAGGAGGUGGUUGUGGGCAGUCAUCUGGAGAGUCUGUUUCUGGUGAUGAGUUACUGUGAGCAGGACCUGGCGAGCCUCCUGGAGAACAUGCAGACACCUUUCACUGAAGCUCAGGUGAAAUGUAUCAUCUUGCAGUUGUUAAAAGGUUUGGGGUAUCUCCAUCACACGUUCAUCAUUCACAGGGACCUGAAGGUGUCUAAUUUGCUGAUGACAGACAAAGGCUGCGUUAAGAUCGCUGAUUUUGGACUGGCUCGCAUGUAUGGCGUCCCCCAGCAACCCAUGACCCCCAGAGUGGUCACCUUGUGGUACAGAGCUCCAGAGCUCCUCCUCGGAAGUAAGACUCAAACAACAGCUCUGGACAUGUGGGCUGUGGGUUGUAUCCUGGCAGAGUUGCUGGCCCACAAACCCUUACUUCCUGGAACAUCUGAGAUCCAGCAGGUGGACCUAAUAGUUCAGUUACUGGGGACACCGAAUGAAAACAUUUGGCCGGGCUUUACUGCGCUGCCUCUCAUUGGUCAGUACAGUUUGAGGAAGCAGCCCUACAACAACCUGAAGAACAAAUUCACUUGGCUGUCUGAAGCAGGACACAGACUGCUCAACCUGCUUUUCAUGUACCACCCACAGCGCAGAGCGUCGGCCAAAGAUUGUUUGGAGAGUUCCUACUUCAAGGAGAAACCUUUACCCUGCGAGCCUGAACUGAUGCCGACCUUCCCUCACCAUCGCAACAAACGUGCCGCUUAUCAACCAGAGAAACAUUCCAAACGCAGCAAAGUCUGAGCGACGAUCCAGGCAGAAAGUGAUGACUCAGCAGCGUCAUUUAUUUCUGAUGUUUUCUUAUUACAAACCCUGUUUCCAUGAGUUGGGAAAUUGUGUUAAAUGUAAAUAUAAACAGAAUACAAUGAUUUGCAAAUUAUUUUCAACCAAUAUUCAAUUACAAAUACAAUGAUGUUCAAACUCAUUAACUUCAUUUUUUUUUUGCAAAUAAUAAUUAACGUAGAAUUUCAUGGCUGCAACACGUGCCAAAGUAGUUGGGAAAGGGCAUGUUCACCACUGUGUUACAUCACCUUUUCUUUUAACAACACUCGAUAAACGUUUGGGAACUGAGGAAACUAAUUGUUGAAACUUUGAAAGUGGAAUUCUUUCCCAUUCUGGUUUUAUGUAGAGCUUCAGUCGUUCAACAGUCCGGGGUCUCCGCUGUCGUAUUUUACGCUUCAUAAUGCGCCACACAUUUUCGAUGGGAGACAGGUCUGUGCUGCAGGCGGGCCAGGAAAAUACAUGUACUCUUUUUUUACGAAGCCACGCUGUUGUAACACGUGCUGAAUGUGGCUUGGCAUUGUCUUGCUGAAAUAAGCGGGGGCGUCCAUGAACAAGACGGCGCUUAGAUGGCAGCAUAUGUUGUUCCAAAACCUGUAUGUACCUUUCAGCAUUAAUGGUGCCUUCACAGAUGUGUAAGUUACCCAUGCCUUGGGCACUAAUGCACCUCCAUACCAUCACAGAUGCUGACUUUUGAACUUUGCGUCGUUAACAGUCUGGAUGGUUCGCUUCCCCUUUGGUCCGGAUGACACAAUGUCGAAUAUUUCCCAAAAUAAUUUGAAAUGUGGACUCGUCAGACCACAGAACACUUUUCCACUUUGCAUCAGUCCAUCUUAGAUGAUCUCGGGCCCAGAGAAGCCGGCGACGUUUCUGGAUGUUGUUGAUAAAUGGAUUUCGCUUUGCAUAGUAGAGCUUUAACUUGCACUUACAGAUGUAGCGACAAACUGUAUUUAGUGACAGUGGUUUUCUGAAAUGUUCCUGAGCCCAUGUGGUGAUAUCCUUUAGAGAUUGAUGUUGGUUUUUGAUACAGUGCCGUCUGAGGGAUCGACGGUCACGGUCAUUCAAUGUUGGUUUCCGGCCAUGCUGCUUAAGUGGAGUGAUUUCUCCAGAUUCUCUGAACCCUUUGAUGAUAUUAUGGACCGUAGAUGUUGAAAUCCCUAAAUUUCUUGCAAUUGCACUUUGAGAAAAGUUGUUCUUAAACUGUUUGAUUAUUUGCUCACACAGUUGUGGACAAAGGGGUGUACCUCGCCCCAUCCUUUCUUGUGAAAGACUGAGCAUUUUUUGGGAAGCUGUUUUUAUACCCAAUCAUGGCACCCACCUGUUCCCAAUUAGCCUGCACACCUGUGGGAUGUUCCAAAUAAGUGUUUGAUGAGCAUUCCUCAACUUUAUCAGUAUGUAUUGCCACCUUUCCCAACUUCUUUGUCACGUGUUGCUGGCAUCAAAUUCUAAAGUUAAUGAUUAUUUGCACAAAAAACAUAAAGUUUAUGAGUUUGAACAUCAAAUAUGUUGUCUUUGUAGCAUAUUCAACUGAAUAUGGGUUGAAAAUGAUUUGCAAAUCAUUGUAUUCCGUUUAUAUUUACAUCUAACACAAUUUCCCAACUUAUUUGGAAACAGGGUUUGUAUUCAUGGCUCUCAUUAGAAAAAUGUUUUUUUUUAUUUUUAAAUAUUUAGGUUUCAUGGCUCUCAGCUUAAAAAAGGUUAGAUUCGAAAUCAUAAGAAAAAGUGAGAAUGUUGCCAUUUAAACACAUUUCUACAUCACACAAAGCACAUCAUUUCAGAUUUUUUAAAGAUGUCAAUCACACAAGUGGUCAAAUAAUUGAGAUAGGCUUCAGCGAGCCCAAAAGGGACAAGCGGUAAAAAAUAGACGGGGUUACAAAUAUGCACUAGAAUGUGUUAAAUUUUUGUUGAGAAUCAUCUUUUUUUAUUUUUAAAUCAUUUUCCCCCCCAUUAAUUGUGGUAGUGUCACAGUGUUGACAAUGAGUGUCCAUUGACUUCAGUGGGCGAGCACAGAGUGGGUUUUUCCACUGCAGCCAAACUAGACAAUCGUUGGAGAAAUGCCCAUUGAGCGACAUGAUUAGAUGACACUAAAAUGAGCAAAUCAGCAAUCUUGAAACAAAAAGCACGGGCAGAGCAUUUUUUUUCAAGUUUUAUUAAUUUCUGCGUUCAUUUGGAGGAUUUUAUAAUCCUCUAAUUCAGUGGGCCCCAACCACCGGGCCGCGGGCCGUGGCCCGAUUUGUACCGGGCCGCAGAAUAAUUUUUUAUUAAUUUUUAUUUAAUAAAAAAAAAAAUGUUUUUAUUUUUAUUAAAUCAACAUAAAAAACACAAUAUACACUUACAAUUAGUGCACCAACCAUAAAAACAUCCCUUUUUCAUGACAAAAACGUCCCUUUUUCAUGACAAAGAAAAAAAAAAAAUAAAUAAAUAAAGGAUUUCCCCCCUCGGGCCGUGGGACAAAUUAUUAAGCGUUGACCGGUCCGCGGAUACAAAAAGGUUGGGGACCACUGCUCUAAUUGACAUUUUCUUUGUAAAAACUAGCAUUUUUGUAUUUAUUUUAUUGGAGACUGUCAUGCUCCAAGUAAGGGGAAAAAGAGCUUCCGCUUACUUGAAAGACAAGCAGCUGAAUAUAAAACAAAAAUAAACCUUAUGAUUAAGUUA